UUGUAAACAAGAUUCAGGGUGCCAUGCAAGAGGAGAGGAACUGGUAAACCUUCUGCCCCAACCAAAGGAUACCCCAUGAGCAGCUGCAAGAACUGGAUGGAUGUAUUUCGGAGAGCAUGGACCCUUUAGCACAUCUAGUUAUCUAUGGAUUCACCCUGAUGCUUUCAGGUAAAGUGGAAGCAGCCCUGGAUCUGAUCCUGAUCAAUUCAUUCCCUCUGGUGGGCAACUCAGAGACAUCCCUCAUCUGCAUCACCUCCAAAUGGCGCUCCCGUGAGUCUAUCACGAUAGAUCGAGACCAGGAGGAUGUCACGAACCAGCACCGAGAGCCCCUGGAAGUUAAUGAAGACUCCAGGAGAGCAACAGCCAAAACAGUGGUGUGGAAAAGGGAGCAGGCCAGUGAAACUAUUGGAGCAUACUACUGUGAAGGAAAACUCAAGGACGAGGUGACAAGGAUACAUACUAUGAAGAUGCCGCUAGGAGCUUCAUUCCACCCAGUGGCCUUAACUGUUACAGCAAACAAGGGAGAGCAUGUGAAUAUUUCCUUCAUCAGAAUGGCAGCUAAAGAGGAAGAUGCAGUGAUCUACAAAAAUGGUUCUUUCAUUCACUCUGUGCCCAGGCACGAAGUGCCAGGUGAGCUGGAAGUGUCCUGUUCUCACGUUCAACCACAGGAUGCAGGGGUAUACUCUGCCAGAUACAUAGGAGGAAACCUCUUUACUUCUGCUUAUACAAGGCUUAUUGUAAGACGAUGUGAAGCUCAGAAAUGGGGCCCUUCCUGUAGCUUCCACUGCCCCGCUUGCAUGAAUAAUGGUGUAUGUCAUGAAGACACUGGAGAAUGCAUCUGUCCUCCUGGUUUUAUGGGAAAAACAUGUGAGAAAGCUUGUGGACCAAAUACAUUCGGCAGAACGUGUGAGGAGAGCUGUAAAGAAAACUCUGACUGCAGGAAUUAUAUGUUCUGCCUACCAGAUCCUUAUGGUUGUUCUUGUGCCUCAGGAUGGAUGGGACUGGAAUGUGACAAAGAAUGCAAACCUGGCUUUUAUGGGUCUGAUUGCAAACUCAAAUGUAAUUGUCACAAUCGAGGAACGUGUGACAGAUUCAAGGGCUGCAUCUGCUCCUUUGGCUGGCAUGGUCUGCAAUGUGAGAAAGAAGGUUCAGCAGAUCUUUCACCUCAGAUAGAAAACUUACUAGAUCCUGUGGAACUCAAUUCUGGUGUAGAGUUCAAGCCUUCCUGUAUAGCUACAGGCAUGCCACUUCCCAAAUCUGAAGAAUUUAAACUGCUGAAACAAGAUGGAACUGUCCUUAAGCCUUCCCUAAUGGUCACUGGUAAUCGGUCUGAGGCUGUGUUUACUAUCAAUCGAAUCCAGCCCCGUGAUACAGGAGUCUGGGUCUGCAGUGUGCAGACUGUGGCAGGCAUGGCAGAGAAACCAUUUCAAGUUACAGUUAAAGUUCCUCCUGUGCCACAGUAUGCCCCGAGACUGACAGACAGUGGACAUAAUUUUCUCAUUAUUGAUAUCAAUGCUGAGUCACAUCUUGGAGAUGGGCCUGUUGUUUCAACAAAACUCCUAUACAAGCCAGCAAAACGUUAUCAGUCCUGGAUGUCUGUGGAAGUGAAAGGCAGAACCAAAAGACUGGACAAUCUGGAACCAAAAACAGAGUAUCAGUUCUGUGUUCAGCUGAGCCGGCAAGGCGAAGGUGGGGAAGGUCACCCUGGACCACAGGCCAGCUUCACGACCACAGCGCUUGGUCUUCCUCCACCAGAAGGCCUCAUCCUCCUUCCAAAAAGUACGACAUCGCUGAAUUUGUCAUGGCAUCCCUUAACUCUGAGGACAGAGGAUGACAUUCAUGUUGAAGUGGAAAGGAAGAGUGUGAAUGACAACGGUGACAAGAGCAGUGUUAUCACCCAAGUGCCAGGAAAUAUGUCCACUCUGAUCAUUAAGGACCUUGAGCCUAGACAGCAUUACAUGUGCAGGGUACGGGUAAACGCCAGGUCGCAAGGAGAGUGGAGCAACUAUCUGUAUGCAUGGACUUUCAGUGACAGAAUCCCUCCUGCUCCCUACAACAUCAAGUUUUCUAACACCACAGACACGUCCUCUGUCAUCUCUUGGACAACUGCUGAGGGUCAUUCCAUCUCCUGCAUAAUCAUCAGCUACAAAAUUUACGGCAAGGCUGAGUAUAACCACAUUGAUAUCGUAAUAAAGAACACCACCAUUACUCAGUACCAUCUCAAGGGGCUUGAACCAAACACUGUAUACCAGGUACAGAUUAAUGCUCAGAAUAACAUUGGCUUGAGCAACCCAAACACAUCGUUUGAACUGAAGACUCUGCCAGAAACUAAAGCUCCAUACGAAUCGAAGGGAGGGAAAAUGCUGCUUAUUGCUAUUCUUGGCUCAGCAGGGAUGACCUGUGUAACAAUUCUCCUGGCCUUUCUCAUCAUGUUACAGCUAAAGCGAGCUAACUUCCAGCGCAGGAUGGCUCAGGCUUUCCAAAAUGUGGUGAGGGAAGAGCCAGCUGUACAGUUUAACUCAGGUACUCUCACCCUGAGUAGGAAAGCCAAAAACAGCCCAGAUCCCACUAUUUACCCUGUUCUGGAGUGGAAUGACAUCAAAUUUCAAGAUGUGAUUGGAGAAGGCAACUUCGGGCAAGUUCUGAAGGCGCGAAUUAAGAAGGAUGGCUUACGCAUGGAUGCUGCAAUUAAAAGAAUGAAAGAGUACGCAUCAAAAGAUGAUCACAGAGACUUUGCUGGAGAGCUUGAAGUUCUUUGUAAACUUGGACAUCAUCCCAACAUCAUAAAUCUUUUGGGAGCAUGUGAACAUCGGGGGUACCUUUAUCUUGCAAUUGAAUAUGCCCCCCAUGGAAAUUUACUGGACUUCCUUCGGAAAAGCAGAGUCCUGGAGACAGACCCAGCAUUUGCUAUUGCCAACAGCACAGCAUCUACGCUUUCGUCUCAGCAACUUCUACAUUUUGCAGCAGAUGUCGCUAGAGGGAUGGACUACUUAAGCCAGAAACAGUUUAUUCACCGAGAUUUGGCAGCAAGAAACAUCUUGGUUGGAGAAAAUUAUGUUGCAAAAAUAGCUGACUUUGGUUUAUCAAGAGGCCAAGAAGUUUAUGUUAAGAAGACCAUGGGACGGCUUCCAGUGCGAUGGAUGGCAAUUGAGUCUUUGAAUUAUAGUGUUUACACCACAAACAGUGAUGUGUGGUCAUAUGGUGUCUUAUUAUGGGAAAUUGUUAGUUUAGGUGGAACACCGUAUUGUGGAAUGACAUGUGCAGAACUCUAUGAAAAAUUGCCUCAAGGGUACAGACUUGAAAAGCCUCUCAACUGCGAUGAUGAAGUGUAUGACCUAAUGAGACAGUGCUGGAGAGAGAAACCAUAUGAACGACCAUCAUUUGCUCAGAUACUGGUGUCACUGAACAGGAUGUUAGAAGAAAGGAAGACAUAUGUGAAUACCACCCUAUAUGAGAAGUUUACCUAUGCAGGCAUUGAUUGCUCCGCUGAAGAAGCUGCUUAAGACAGGAAAAGAAUCUUCAUUCAUCAAUGAAGAAUGAAUGAAUGAAUGAAUCAAUCAAUGAAUAACCGAAAACUCAGUCUUCUGGAGCCCAAAAUGUGAUGUGCUGUGUUGACCUCUGUAUAGUUCUCACUGUAUAAUGUUUAAUUACAGAUAACUGAAAGGGGAUAUGAUUAACAUGUAUAAGUUCAUGAAGGA